AUGGGCACCCAAACAGUGGCCAAAAUUCCAGUGGUGGAUUUCUCCAAUGAAGACUGCUUAAAGCCGGGGACGAGUUCCUGGCUCUCCAUAAGCAAAAGCAUCUGCCAUGCACUCGAAGAGCUAGGCUGUUUCGUCGCAAUACUGCCCGGCAAAGUUUCUCCGGAGCUUCACAACACCUUCUUUGGUACGUUGGGCGAGUUGUUUGAUUUCCCCACUGAAAUCAAAGUGCAAAGUUCUUUUGAAAAGCCCUACCCCAGUGGCUACAUAACCCCGAAUGCCGCCUGUGAAGGCUUGGCAAUUGGCUAUGCUACAGACCCUGAAGACACUCGGAAAUUCACACAUCAUUUUUGGCCCGAGGGACACGAUUCAUUUCGUGAGGGUGCUGAUUUGUAUGCAAAAGUGAUGGAAGAGCUAGAUCAAGUUGUGACAAGAAUGGUGUUCGAAAGCUAUGGUGUAGAGAAGUACCAUGAUGAUCACAUCCAAUCAAUCGUUCACACGUACCGAUUUAAUCAAUACAAAGAAUUCGACAAAACUGGAAUUGAUGAGGGUCUACCCGCCCAUACAGACAAGACCUUUAGCACCACACUCUAUCAAAAUCAUGUCAAAGGUCUGGAAAUAUAUUCAAAGGACAAUGAGUGGAUAAGUGUUGAUCCUCUACCUUCAUCCUUCAUAUUCCUAGCAGGUGAUGGAUUCCAGGGUAUGGCACAAAAAACUACAUAUAAUGUGUCUUGCGUAUGUUAA